AUGAUUGAUGCUGCAAGUGGGGGAGCCUUGAACAAUAAAAUGCCAGAGGACGCAUACAAUUUGAUUGAGGUGAUGGCGAAUAAUAACUAUAUGAGGACUCCAGAGAGAAAUUCAACGAGGAAAGCAGCGGGAGUGCAUGAAGUUGAUGGUUACACAACAUUGGCUGCUCAACUCUCCGCCAUUCAAAAGCAAUUGGGAGUUGCUCUAAAGGAAAUCAUUCAUCGAAGGAUUGCCAAGAAGGGAACCCGUUUGCUUAGCCUGAACAAGCCAAUUACGUCAAUAAUUUCCAAAGGGGCGGGAAGAGUUCAAGGGACAUUGCCAAGCGAUAUAGAGAAGAAUCCGAAGGAGAGAGUUAAUGUUGUCAUACUGAGAAGUGGUAAGGAGUUGAAGGAGGUAAGGAAGGAAGACGAAACAAAGGAAAAACUCGAAGAAGAAAAAGAGGGCACAAGAGAAAAAAAUGUCAAAAAUGCCCAAACUUCGACAAACAAUGACUCGACACUCCCGUAUCCUCACAAAGUGCAAAAACAAGGCUUGGAUAAGCAAUUUGGUAAGUUUAUGGACAUGUUUAGAACUUUACAUAUUAACAUUCCUUUUGUAGACAUGUUGGAGCAAAUGUCAAAGUACGCGAAGUUUCUGAAGGAGAUUAUCACCAAAAAGAGGAGAUUUGAAGAACAUGAGACGGUGAUGCUUACGGAAGAGUGCAGCGCAUUGCUAUUGAAGAAAUUACCACAAAAGCUCAGAGAUCCAGGGAGUUUCAUAAUUCCUUGCACAAUAGGUAAUGUUCAUUUUGAUAAAGUUUUAUGUGACCUAGGGGCUAGUGUUUAUCUCAUGCCAUUUUCGAUUUAUAAGAAACUAGGCCUAGGGGAAGUAAAACCAACCACAGUCCAUCUUCAACUAGCUGAUAGGUCUAUAAAAUACCCGAAGCGAUUAGUAGAAGAUGUAUUGAUCAAGGUAGAUAAGUUGAUUUUCCCAGUGGACUUUAUUGUUCUUGACAUGGAAGAAGAUCGGGAAGUACCUCUAAUUCUAGGAAGACCCUUUCUAGCUACGGGUAAAACUUUGAUAGAUGUUCACCAGGAGAAGCUAAUCUUAAGAGUGGAGGAUGAACAAGUAGAGUUUAAUGUGUUUGAUGCCAUGAAGUACCCAUCUGAGGGCGAUACUUGUUUUGAAAUUAGUGUCCUUGAUAAUGUCAUUGCCAAAACUAUGGAAGAAAAUUACCCAAGCUCCCCCUUAGAGAAUUGUCUAGUUCAUGUGAGAACAAAUGAAGAUGAAAUGGAUAGAGAAGAGUUGAAAGGGUGUUUAAGUUUCUUAAACUCUCUACCAUCAAUGACAUCCUCGCCCACUAAGAAGUUCUUUGAGAUUAAUACGAUAGAAAGUCACUCCAAUUCAUCACCAAAAGAGCCUUCGAAACUUGAACUCAAACAACUUCCAUCUCACUUGGGGUAUGCAUUUUUAGAAGAUUCAAAGUUUUAUCCUGUUAUUAUUAAUGCUUCUUUGAGUGAUGUAGAGGAGGAAAGGCUAUUAAGGGUGCUACGGACAUACAAGAUAGCUAUUGGAUAA